CCGCCGUCGACCGCGUCACGCAUGUCGCGCUCGUCGGGCAUGUCCGCGUCCGCGUUCUCGAUGCGCUCGCAGCGCAGCUCGUCGAGCUCGAACGCGUCCGUGCGCUGGGACGAGGACUGCCUCCAGGGCACCCGCGAGGCGCAACGCCGCGAGCGCGCACAGCGCAGGAGCCAGCCCGGCGCACAGGAGAGCAAGCAAAGCGCGGACCCGCGCCGCAGGACGCCCGUCAUUGAGAUCUUCCCGGAGAUCCGGUCGACGCCGACGAUGAAGAGGAGUUCGCUCGAGGAGCACGCUGCCCGUGGGAACGGAGAACAGCCGCCAGUCGUCACCCUUGAGGAGGCAACGACGGAUUAUCAGAGCGAGGGCGAGACUUCUGGCUCUGCGACGCCUGUGAAGCGAGCGAGGCCACGCCCGUGGUCUGAGCAGCUGCUCGAGAAAGUGCGACCCAAGGCCAUCUCAGGCGACGCGGAAGGUGUCAUAUCGAUCUUGGAUGCUGCGACCAACGACCUCGCUUCGUUGAUCAACCGUCUCGAUCUGGAGGCUACGCCAUCCAGUGUGCAGGGCUCGCCGCUCAGGCCUCUGCAGGGCUCACCGUCGCUCGCGUCCCUCGGCAAAGCCGGCGAGGGCUCCCCGCUCAAGCCCAAGAGGUGUACCUUCGACAAAACGCGCGACGCGCCCACGCUUUCUGAACGUGAGAGCCUCGAGUCGAUCAGCUCCCUGCGCCCGUACGGCCAGGUUGGUCGCACGCACUCGGAUCCCGCGGUGCCUCCGACGAGGCAGCAGGCGAUGGACACGCUCGACGUCCGCCGCAUGCUCAUCGGCCAGCGGAUCGCAUCGUGGAACGAACUCGAGAGCCAACUGUCGUCCAAGAGGCCUGCGGCGCAGGCGCAGGCGACGGCGAAGCCCUUUCGUCCGACGCACAGGCGCAUGGUGACGCCAGGUCCCGAAGACAUGGACAUCGCCACGAUGUUUCAGCCCCUCAAGCCCUCUGCCAAACAGCGCGAGGCGUCUGUCGAAUCCCUUCCCUCGACGGCUUCGACCCCAGCCCAGGGCUCUCAGGAUCCAGCGAACCCGUCCUCGCAGACGUUUGGCUCCGACGCUCCGACGUCCAAGGUGGGAAAGAGCCCGUCCGUGGAUCUCGGUUACGACGACGCGGCCCCUCCGUCUCCCAGUCCUACCACGAGGCGUCGCCCCAAGCAUUCCAAGAGGUCGUCAGUUCUUUCUGUCAUGUGCGACACCGGCGCGACCCUUCCGCGAGAGAGCCUGAUCAGCCUGGGUUUGACAGGCACGCUAGGUGGACCGGAGCCCGAAGUGGACCCCGAGGAUCCUGACUCUGACAUCCCGGAUGAGCUGCAGGCGAUCAUGUCUGGCCAAAGCGACGACGACGACACCACAGAGCUGCUCGGCAAGAUGCUCGCCUGCAAGCGCCACGACAGAGCCCCAUCGCCCGGCCUGCCCCCGUCGGCUGCGCUGCCGUCCCUUCAGAACGAGACCAAGUCAGAACAAGAGCAAAAGCCCGUUUUUCGUGCGUCUCUCGUCAGCGUGGAUUCCAACCAGACCGACCUCGACGAGAGUGACGUCUCUGCCUCUGAGGACGACACCAAAAAGUCCUUUGACUUCACUGGGGAGCUUCGGCUGUUAAACUCGUCGGGCGGCUCUGAUCGUCGGAGCUUCGUCGAACAGCUUGAGAGUGCGUUCCGCACGCCAGGAGACAUCUCUCUCGGGCUCCAGCUUGGCGCCAACCUCUUCCUCAAGGAUGUGCCUCCGACUCCAGCGCUUCAGCCUGAGCAUCGCAGGACCCCCGACAAGGACAUGGUACCACAGAGUGUCACAGAAGCUGACGUGUCGUCGUUCCGUCUCAGCCUUCUCUCUGACGGACAGUCCUGCCGCGACUCGGCGACGUCAGAUACUCUCGAACGCCUCCUAGCAGAAUGCGAGGAAGACAUUUGCAGGCCGUAUAGCAUGCUGAGGAAGAGCCAGAGCACAAUGCGUUCUAAAGCGUCAGACGGCAGGCUGAACACGAGCUUCAAGUUCGGCGGCAAGCCGUCGAUCCCCGACUCAGUGGAGGAGAGCGCGGAGCUCAAGCCGCUUACUCUGUCAGAUAUUAUCCCACCAGCCUCGCAUGCGCGCUCGCCGUCUCAGUCGUCUUUGAUGGAAGGUGACAGCUCUGUGCUGAAGUCGAUUCUGGGCAAUGCAUACGAGGGUGACACGUCGGUCGUCAAUUCGAUCGUCGCUCAAGCGCAAGCCGCUGCCCCAGCUGUACCCCGUCCUCGCCUUGACUCCGAUUCGAGCUCGAAGCGGCGGGCAAGGGAAUCUCUCGACUUAUCGAACAUGUCACGCUCCAGAACUAACUCCGAGCUCAGCUUCAAGGGCUUGGAGAGCUUCGAGGAGGUUCGCAGAGGCUUCGAGUUCCACCCCAAUAGUCGACCGGCGUUCUACCCCCCGCCUGGCGCUCCCAAGUCCUGGCAGAGCCGGCACGAGUCUAUGUACAGCAUCGCCUCUAUGUCAUCGCUCGGUACAAUCCUCGACUCUGGGAUCUCCGAUCCCUUCGGGUAUGCUUCGAGCCGCCCCGUGUCUACUGCAGACGAACUAUCAUUCGCCAUGUCCUCCACGAUCGACGAUACCUUCUCAUUCGUUAGGAAAGGUUCAUAUCGCAAGCGCGUCGAUAGCGACGCAUCAAGCUUCUGUUUGCGUCCAGGCGCUGCUCGUGGUCAACGCCGCAACGAGUCGAACAUUCCACCCAUCAGCAUAUACAACCGUAGUUUCGGUGUACAUCGCAGGAUAGACUCCAACUCCAGCAUGAGCCCUUCCAACGAAUCAAUGGAGAGCGAUUUCUCCUUGGGCAGCCUUGCCAGGCCCGGUCUUGGCGACAAGAUGUUCGACAGGAUGGAGUACGGGAUGCCACUCGCCGCGAUCUCAGCUUCACCCACCGGCAGCUUUUUCAGCGAGCAGGACAGCACCAGCAGGAGAUACUCGGACAUCAGCGAACGGGGCGAGCAGCAGGGUGUAUCCUACGACUCGGUCUUUGAUACUGAACGGAGGGCGUCAGUCACCGACUCCAUCUUUGAGAAGACUGGCAUGCCGACUUCGCACGAUGUUUCCGACGACGUGUUCGAGUUCGAUUUGUCGCGCCCGACGGACUCCCCUCGCCUGAAUCAGUUCCGUCCCAUCUCGAUGAUGAGUGUCGCUAGCACCACCCACUCGAUUCCCCGAAGUGAAGAUACAAUGAUCAGUAUGAUUGGUGGAGGUCAUGUUCGUCGUCGCUCGAUUGAUUCACGCAUCGACGACUCUCCAUGCAUCGACCUAGAGCGCAAGGAGAAGAAGAAACAUACCGCUCUCCAGCAUAUUGCUCGCGUCCUCGAGUUCGACCAGAAGCCAGACGAGCUUCCCUCGGACUUCGUCGACAGGCUCCCCAAGAUAUCUCUAGAUAAGGCUCAUGCUACCAAGCCCUCUAUCGCAUCAACAUCGUCGUUCCAGCUUGGCGACGAGCCCAUCAUCAAGGCUGGUAAAGGUUUACUGCAGCGCCAGAGUCUGGAGAAAGACGCUCUCAUCGCGCACGAAGAAAAGAUCGCCGCGUCCUUGGCAGCGACGGCAGUGUUCUCGCUUCCUGUUCCGGUCAGUCGGUCUCGCUCGAGCACUGUAACAAGUUCUGGCGGGGAAACGCCCCCUCUGUCGCCUUCAGACGGCUGUUCGGUCUCCAGUGGCUCCCAGUCAAGCAUCGAUAUCGCUCAUCUCGAUAAUUUACUCACGGCUGCGACACUGCCCGCCAGCGGCAUCGCCCGAGCGCGCUCUGCCCGCAUGCGGGAGCGGGGCACUGGUCACCGUCGACGCUUGUCUUCGGCACGUAUUUCUCGGUCUUCUGUCUACGAGACGAUACAGGAAGAGGAAUACUCGUACUCUCCGUCACCUGCCAAACCCUCUACCAACACCACGGUUGACCACAAUGUGACCACGCCCAAAGACGGAUCUCUGUCUCGGGCGGGCUCUAUUUACAUUGUUGCCCCAGAUACAGAGUCUGUCGGCGAGUGGGACGAUGAACAGGGUAUUGUAGGUGUGCGGAAGUACUACGCGCUUCGACAGGAGGCCGAUGUGGCUGUGACGGAGAGCAAGAAAGUUUGGCCUGAUACAUCGUUCUCGACUUUCGCUAUGCAAACGUUUGAGCUGCCCACUACCCGGUCUGCUAUGCAAGCAAUGCUCGAACAAUCACAGAAGAGCUAUGGUCCUCUGUCCUCUGAGCUCCGUGCUCACCGAAUCCGGUCCCGCACUUCUUCUCGCACAUCGCCGUAUCCUGUCCGUUCGCGCCGCGCUUCGGUAGAGAAACAGCCUCAAGCCCUGCCCGAGAGCAGACCGUUCGCGUCUCCGCGGCACUCCAUGAACAUGCCCCUUGUCGAAAUCUCGAUCAACCCGAAUACCAAAAACGCGAAAGUGUUCUCUCCGCAGCCAGCCCGUGAUGUUCAACCAUUCUCGAAGUCCGCUGUCGACCUAGAGUCGUCCAAGCACGCUGUCGCGAGGAGCCCCAGCGCCACCCGGCGCACUCGCGUCGCGUCGAGUGCCCGCAGAGCAGCGCUGGGUUGGUCAAAGCGAAAUAACGCAAAGUCGAACACCGCGACCAUCAAAGGUAGCGCCGGUACCGGCAAGGGGCCCACUAGCAGUGCGAGUGUGAAGGAGAAUUUCGGUACCAUCAGGCCGAGCACAAACAGUGCACUUGCGAAGGAGAAUGCCGGCACUAUCCUCAGCCACAAUGAAUCGUUGAAAAUAUCGCGCCCGCGUCCACGAGGCAGACCGGCCCCAGCUCGUGCUGCCUUGAGUCGUGCUCCUCUGGCCGCCUCCCAGUCAUAUGUGUAGACAAAACACAAAUGCGAAGAAAUGUACAACUGCCUCCUCCGUCGUAGCGCCGUCUUUCCCCGCCAAGCGCUUGAUCCAAGCCCACGACGACCGCGUCGGUGGUGGCACCCCCUAUGCCAUUCUGUCCUAUGCUCUCAUUUUCUUGUUUCUCUCAGUGUAUCAACCAAUCUUCGUCUCAAGUCGCUUCUACGCACCAGCCCUUCGUGCGCUGUUGCUGUCUCCGUCGCCCUGAUGCAGUAUACUUGCGGCUGUGGCCUCGAGGUCGAAACCGAAUGUGUUUCAUCUUCGGACUCUGUCUGCUCGUCUGUCUGCAUCUGUUUGUAACAAACUGUAACCAUGAGAGUGUGUACUACCCAUUCCUCAUAUUCGAGAUUUCGACUAUGUAUGCUCUUCCAGCUUGGACUCUCCGCGAGACUCGAUGCCUCGCCGUCUUUGUGCGCUGCUGUCUGUUGUAUAGUUUGUUGAGCAAAUGUAUAUAAUCUGUUUUUGACCCGCC